AAAAUUGAGUCCCAAAAUUUUUCAUUCCCAUUCCUUUUUUUUUUUUUUUUUUCUUACCGCCUAAACACAAAACUUUUUCUAGGGUUUUAGAUUUGCUCCAAAAUCCAGCAGUUUCUCAGCUUUCUUCAUCAAGAUUCAUCUCUGUUUCAUCACAUUUCUCACUCCAUUCAUCUUUUUCUCCAUCUCUACAUGCUGUUUUUGUAGGGUUUAUGACAUGAUUUCGCUUCAGUUCAGAUGAUAUCGGUGAUGAACAACGAUUUUGAAUUCGAGAAAAAACCAGAUGCCCUCGAAGUGUCACAUGCGGAGGAUACAGUUCUUGACCAUGCCGAUGACAGUUCGAAUCACAACCGGAAAGUUUCUGAUUCGGGUGUUGUUAACGAAGCUAGGGUUUCUUUGAUGGAGAUGGAUCCUGGAGCUCCGGGUAGUGAGUUUGAUGCGAAGAUGUUGGGGAAUGGUAGAUCUGCAGAGUUUAGGGUUUUCCCGUCCGAGGAGGUGAGGUUUUUGGUUAGUUCGGAUGGCGAAGGUGGAGGAGGUGCAGAUAUGGAUUUGAAGUUCUCGGACUCUCUUGUUGAUGUUAAAAUAUCAAAAACUGAUAGAUUUGAUGGUUCGGUUGGUGAUUUAGAUGCAGAGAAUGAUCGAAAGGGUAAUUUGUCUCAGUAUAAGUGUUUAAUGUCUGAGUUUGAUGAUUAUGUUGCGAAUGAGAGUAGUGGUGCAAUGGUUGCGGCGGCAACUUCGAGGGCGAUGAGCUAUGGGUUUGAGGUUGGGGAUAUGGUGUGGGGAAAGGUCAAGUCUCAUCCGUGGUGGCCCGGGCACAUUUUUAACGAUGCUUUGGCUUCUCCUUCUGUGCGUCGUACGAGGAGGGAGGGAUAUGUUUUGGUUGCAUUUUUUGGUGAUAGUAGUUAUGGGUGGUUUGACCCUGCUGAGCUAAUACCCUUCGAGCCUAACUAUUAUGAGAAAUCUAGGCAGACAACUUCUAGGACCUUUCUGAAGGCUGUGGAAGAGGCAGUUGACGAGGCGAGUCGGAGACGGGGUCUUGGUCUGGCCUGCAAGUGUAGGAAUCGUUACAAUUUUCGCCCCACAAACGUUGAUGGGUACUUCGCUGUUGAUGUUCCAGAUUUUGAGGCUGGAGGUAUUUACUCGUGGAAUCAGAUUAGGAGGUCGAGGGAUAGUUUUAAACCUGGUGAAACUCUCUCGUUUAUCAAGCAACUGGCAUUGACUCCCCGAGGUGGUGAUCAUAGAAGCAUUAACUUUUUGAACAAUAAAGCUACAGUCUUUGCUUAUCGAAGAUUGGUCUAUGAAGAGUUCGAUGAAACAUAUGCUCAAGCAUUUGGUGUGCCAUCUGGGCCAGGACGUCCCCCUCGCAAUUCUGUAGCUUCAUUGGAUCAGCAUAGACAACCAGCUCGAGCUCCUUUGAGCGGCCCCCUAGUGAUUGCAGAAGCCUUGGGUGGUGGGAAGAGUGGAGUAAAGCCUAUGAAGUUAAAGGACCAAUCUAAGAAAGACAGGUAUCUUCUCAAACGCCGAGAUGAACCAAGUCACUUGAAAGUUUUUGCAGCUAAUCAAGAGCAGGAAACUUCUACUGUUCCCUUAUCUCUUGUUGCUGCGGAGUCCACUGAAACUGGGGGCGCUGGGGAUUAUGUUCUCUUGAAGAGGACUCCAACUAUACUCCCAAAAAGUGAACACGCUGGAUUUGUUGGGACGGAUACUGAAACUUCUAGUUUGAGUAUACCUAAAAAUGAAGCUGAGAUUGGUCAGAUGGCUGUGGGCACUGAUCUUGUGAGCCAAGGGCAAUCUAUGAGCAUUGAGGCAUCUUCUGAUAAGGAAAUGAUUCCUCUUGAGGAACCGAAAGAGACAAUAGCACCUAAUGAAGUUAUCAGUUCUAGAAGCCAUAUCUCCCCUGAUAUGGCAAGUGAGAGGGAUUCUCCCAGUGUGUUGGGGGAGGAUAGUGACCCUCGUUUUGAUCGAACAGAUGCUUUAGGUGACCCAUUGUGCGACCAAGCAGAUGCAGGGACAGAAAAUAUUUCAAAAUCCUCUGAAACUCCUCAACAACCCCAGCUUAGUAACACAGUUUAUCUUCAAGGUGACCAUGAAUUGGACAGAAAUUUGGAUAACCGUGUUGACCUCGAACCUACAUCAGCUGGCACAAAGUUUUCUGAUGGAGAUAGUUCAGUUGGGGGAGUCAUGAAACCAAAGGUUCUAAAACGGCCAGCAGAAGACAUGAACUCCUCUGGAUCUCCAUUCAUGGGGGAGAAAAAGAAAAAGAAAAAGAAGCGAGUCAAUGGUGCAGAAAUGGGUUCUGACCAAACACAGAAACAGUUGGCCAAAAAGAAGGUUAGGAGAUUAGUUGGAAACGCUGUAGAAAAAUCUGAUCAGAUUGGCUUGAGUUCGAGAGAGGAUUUUCGACUGGAACAUCAGAAAAAGAGCAAUGCGUCAACAAAUAAUUCCGUCUCAGCUGGCGUCGUGUUUGGCCGAGGGAGCGACGAAUUCGAUGUGCCCCAACUGUUAAAUGAUUUGCAAGCCUUUGCUCUUGAUCCUUUCCAUGGGGUUGAAAGGAAUUGCCAUGUAAUUGUUCACAAGUUCUUCCUGCGGUUUCGGUCACUUGUUUAUCAGAAAAGUUUGGGUUCAUCGCCACCACGUGAAGCUGAAUCCCCUGAACUUCGUGCAUUGAAAUCUUCAGAUGCUAGCUUUGGAACCGAUAAUUUAAGCGAAAAUAUUAGAGAUUUAUCAUCCUCAAACUCAGUUAAACCCUUGCGUAGACGUGAUGAUCCCACAAAAACGGGGCGGAAACGGGUCCCAUCCGACCGUCUAGAGGAAAUUGCAUCAAAGAAAUUAAAGAAAAUGGGUGAUUUGAAAUUGUUGGCGUCAGAAAGAAAAGCAACUCAGAAACUUGCUGAUGGCCAGAAACGAGAAUCCAGAGAUUCCGUUGCAGUACCGACGGCAGUGAAGAUGGUCAAGCGAGAUUAUAUGAAGAAGCCGGAGCCUCCAUCAGCAAGGAAAGUUGAUCCAACCAUGCUAGUUAUGAAGUUUCCUCCUGAAACAUCACUUCCAUCUCUCAAUGAGUUAAAGGCAAGGUUUGGUCGAUUUGGGCCGAUUGACCAGUCAGGUCUUCGUAUCUUCUGGAAAUCAUCAACAUGCCGUGUUGUUUUCCUUUACAAACCAGACGCUCAGGCAGCAUACAAGUAUGCAAUGGGGAACAAGUCCUUAUUUGGGAAUGUCAAUGUGAAAUACCAACUUCGAGAAGUUGGAGCUCCUGCAACUGAAGUACCCGAUUCCGAGAAGCCCAGUGCAACAGCAGACGACAAUCCUAUUGAAACCCCAAGGAUGAAGGAUCCAUUGGUCUUAUCAGGACGAGCGUCGACACCUGUGGUACAUCAACCACCUCUUGCACCACUCCCAGCAGUUCAGCUCAAGUCAUGCCUUAAGAAGGCAACAGGUGAUGAACCCGGUGUACCGAGUGUGGGGACGGGAGGCACCAGCAGCAGCAAAGGAACGACACGAGUGAAAUUCAUGUUGGGCGGGGAAGAAAGUAAUAGAAACAACAUCAAUGCAAAUUUUGCAGAUGGUGGAACAUCUUCUUCUGUUGCAAUGGAUUUUAAUAGUAACUUCUUUCAAAAGGUCGUUUCUACAACUCCACUCCCAAUUCCUCCUCCCCAAUUCACUAAACCUUCUCAUAGCAUUACUACUACAAAUAUUAUGCAACAACACUCGGAAAUCCCGCAACCUAGAAAUACACUUAACCAUCACCAUCACUACCACCACACACCCGCCGUUGCACUGCCACCCGUGCCCCAAAACCCACCACCCGUUGCCUCUCCGACCACCGACAUAUCCCAGCAGCUGCUGAGCCUUUUAACAAGGUGCAGCGAUGUAGUCACCAAUGUGACUGGCUUGUUAGGCUAUGCGCCUUACCACCCUCUUUGACAAAGAACAAAAUCUGCACCACUUUUGUUGAAAAAAUUACGUAGCCCAAUGGUUAAAACUUCCACAACAAACCAAAAUGGGAAAAAAGAGGAGACAUAAGAGUGUGGUCCGGUUGCGACCGAGGCCCGUUCGAGAGGGUGAGAGUUGAAUACAUAACUACUUCGAAGAGAAAAAAAAGAAUCAAAAUGGGUAUGUGGGUGUUUAUGAUGUCAUUGGCAAUGGAAGAAAAAGAAAGGGAGAGGGGCAGUUUUGGCAUUCCAAGUGGGGGCUUAAAAUUGUUCAAAGAUGGGAUUUUGAUGUUGAUGCCAUAAGUGUACUGAUAUUGAAUAUUGAUGGUAUAUUGAUCAUAUUGCUCAAUUGCUUUCUUUUAUUUUCUUUAUUUUCCUUCAAAAUUUCUCAUUGUACAUUGUUGAUUAUGGAGAAGUGGACCAUAAGUCCUUAUAUACUCUUUGAUUAAA